AUGAGGCCAAAAGCUAUGACAGCUCUGACGAAGAAGACACCUCUAUGAGCAAAUUUACUCCAAAAUCAUCAUCAGUUUUUGCUGGAAAACGCAUACAGACUCAAAGGCUAACUGGUACUAUUCUUGAAGAAGAUGUUAAAGUAACUGAAGGUUGUGACUCUAACUUGGAGAAAACUGAGGCUAAAUUGUCUGAAUCAUCUGAGGAUAGCAUUUCUGUAUUUUCGCCAAAAUUUGACCUUUUGCUAUCAUGCCAUAAUCAAGAGAAACCAGAGUCCAAUUUAACUGAUAUUAAAAGGACCAAGUCUUGUGACAAUUCACACUUGGUUGACAGAAACUUGUUCCUUAAAACAGCCAAGAAAGAAUCGGCUGUUGCUAAAUAUGUUGAUAAUGAUGAUGAUGAAUUUAUUGUUCCAGAUAGCAGUGCUAUCACAGGGGUUGAAAAACCAAAGAGCAUAAACUCUCAUCAAAACAAAACACAUCUGCAAACCCCAAAGACAAUAUUAUCUGACUCGCUUUUACCUUGUGGCCAAGCAAAUAUUUCUACUGCUUCACUGGGUCAGCCUAGUAUUGGUUGUACACUGGAUAAUACAAUUGAAACGAUAAGCCCUCACCAAUGUGAUAUACCCGUAAGUGAAUCUCUGAAACAUUGCUCUACCAAUAAUGAACAGCCAGAAAGAGAUACUAGUCUAACAGAAAUUAAUAAUCGCUUCAACAUUUUAGAUACUUUCUCAGUUCUUAGCCAGAAGAAAAAAGCAAAUUAUUGUCAUUAAGACGAAACGAGUCUGUACAGGAAUUCCUUCAUUCCAAUAGUGACUGUUCCAAGUUUGUUGCUUGUAGUAAUGACUCUUGUAAUGCAGCAGAGUAUGGCAAGAUAACAUCAUCAGAGUUAAAAUACAAACCCGUCUUGAAUGCCGAUGAUAAGAACAAAAAUGGUAAUCCAGUUCAGUAUAACCACUGUUUAUCAAAAGAUGUGCUGGAACAUCUGCCCAAAGAUCAAUUGAUAUCUUGUCAAAGUACGAUUGCAGGCAUACCAGACCAAUACCAAAGCUCACCACAAAGUAGUAAACACAAACUAGUCCAGGAAUGCUUUCAAAGCCAAAUGCCACUUGAACAUUCUACGCUUGACAACCCACUUCCAGUCCAGCGCCAAUUAGAUUUCCUCAAAGAUACUCCAAAAUUAUCUGAAAAGAGUCCUCAACAAUUGACUGAAAAUUCACAGUUGAAGGAAAUGAAUACACGGACCCCAAAAGACGCUAAUCCUGAAGAUUCAAGACCUGUAAAAGAAGGAUGUUUAUCAAGGGAAGAGAACAUGACUGUCUUAAGUGAAUCUAAACCAAGACAGCUAGCAAAACCUGAAAUACCUGUGAAGAAAGACUCGGAUACUUCACCUGAAGAAUUUAUUUGUGGUAGCAUUUUGGCACUUUCAGAAAAGUGGGGCUGCCUGAAUCAGCAGGGCCCAUUUGCAAGGCGCUUCUCACACAUCUCUGAUAGACGUGUGUCUAAUGUACAUACUCCUUUAGAUAAAUGUUUAUCUAGUACUCAGGGUUCCACAGAUCCAAGUUUUCAUUCUGUAAAUGAUCGUCGUUUCUCUACUCAGUUUACUACUCUUGGUUCCUCCCAUCUGGGUUCUUAUAACACACCAGUCUGCCAUAAGUCAUCAUUGUCUGCAGGAAGCUAUGAAAAUGGCUCUUCUUCAAAGUUCCUCAGGAUUAAGAAAAUGCCACAGAGGGUGACCGUCGAUGAGGCCAAAAGCUAUGACAGCUCUGACGAAGAAGACACCUCUAUGAGCAAAUUUACUCCAAAAUCAUCAUCAGUUUUUGCUGGAAAACGCAUACAGACUCAAAGGCUAACUGGUACUAUUCUUGAAGAAGGUUGUGACUCUAACUUGGAGAAAACUGAGGCUAAAUUGUCUGAAUCAUCUGAGGAUAGCAUUUCUGUUAUUUCGCCAAAAUUUGACCUUUUGCUAUCAUGCCAUAAUCAAGAGAAACCAGAUUCCAAUUUAACUGAUAUUAAAAGGACCAAGUCUUGUGACAAUUCACACUUGGUUGACAGAAACUUGUUCCUUAAAACAGCCAAGAAAGAAUCGGCUGUUGCUAAAUAUGUUGAUAAUGAUGAUGAUGAAUUUAUUGUUCCAGAUAGCAGUGCUAUCACAGGGGUUGAAAAACCAAAGAGCAUAAACUCUCAUCAAAACAAAACACAUCUGCAAACCCCAAAGACAAUAUUAUCUGACUCGCUUUUACCUUGUGGCCAAGCAAAUAUUUCUACUGCUUCACUGGGUCAGCCUAGUAUUGGUUGUACACUGGAUAAUACAAUUGAAACGAUAAGCCCUCACCAAUGUGAUAUACCCGUAAGUGAAUCUCUGAAACAUUGCUCUACCAAUAAUGAACAGCCAGAAGGAGAUACUAGUCUAACAGAAAUUAAUAAUCGCUUCAACAUUUUAGAUACUUUCUCAGUUCUUAGCCAGAAGAAAAAAGCAAAUUUAUUGUCAUUAAGACGAAACGAGUCUGUACAGGAAUUCCUUCAUUCCAAUAGUGACUGUUCCAAGUUUGUUGCUUGUAGUAAUGACUCUUGUAAUGCAGCAGAGUAUGGCAAGAUAACAUCAUCAGAGUUAAAAUACAAACCCGUCUUGAAUGCCGAUGAUAAGAACAAAAAUGGUAAUCCAGUUCAGUAUAACCACUGUUUAUCAAAAGAUGUGCUGGAACAUCUGCCCAAAGAUCAAUUGAUAUCUUGUCAAAGUACGAUUGCAGGCAUACCAGACCAAUACCAAAGCUCACCACAAAGUAGUAAACACAAACUAGUCCAGGAAUGCUUUCAAAGCCAAAUGCCACUUGAACAUUCUACGCUUGACAACCCACUUCCAGUCCAGCGCCAAUUAGAUUUCCUCAAAGAUACUCCAAAAUUAUCUGAAAAGAGUCCUCAACAAUUGACUGAAAAUUCACAGUUGAAGGAAAUGAAUACACGGACCCCAAAAGACGCUAAUCCUGAAGAUUCAAGACCUGUAAAAGAAGGAUGUUUAUCAAGGGAAGAGAACAUUCCUGCUAGUAUCGAUGCAGUCAUCACUCCGCAGGUAAAGGAUACUGCUCCCUCUGCAACGAAUCUUGUACAGUUAGAGAAGAAACUACGUUCUUUAAUGGUCAACAAUAAAGUGUACACAGUUGUAAAGAAGGUUGGCAAAGGUGGAAGCAGUACAGUGUAUGAAGUAUUUGACCAGAGUGGAAAUAGAAUGGCAGUUAAGUGCAUUACUUUUGGUGACGCUCACGCAGUUACCAUAGGGAGCUACAAAAAGGAGGUGAUCCUUCUGAAGCAGUUGCAGUACAGUGACCGAAUCAUCAAACUCUAUGAUUAUGAACUCGACUAUCAGAAGAACUGUUUGAAUUUGGUGUUGGAGUUUGGCGACAUUGACCUUGCAAGUUUGUUCCGUAGCCAAUAUAAGACAAACAAAAUACCCCAAAUGAUGGUCAUGUGCUACUGGACCCAGAUGCUGGAAGCUGUUCUGGUACUCCAUAAAGAAGGUAUAGUACAUUUGGAUUUGAAACCUGCAAACUUCCUGAUUGUUGGAGGCCAAUUGAAGCUCAUAGAUUUUGGUAUUGCUGAUGUAAUACAGACUGGUAAAACUGGCAUUAACCAGGAGAUACUGAUGGGGACACCUGAUUACAUGAGUCCAGAAGCAAUUGCUGUCUACCUGGAUAACUCUAGAAGCCAAAAAAUAGGCUUGAAGAGUGACAUUUGGUCUCUCGGUUGUAUUCUCUAUUUUAUGGUCUACGGUAAAACUCCAUUCCAAGAGAUUAGAAACACAACAGAAAAACUGAUAGCAAUAAGAAGUGAUAAGUUCAAGAUCAAAUUUGCUGAUGUCAGAAAUAAAGAGCUAUUGGAUACAAUGAAGUGCUGUCUGUGCAGAGAUCCCAAAGAAAGACCGUCUAUUGAAGAAAUUCUGCAGCAUCCAUAUUUGAGUGAAAUGACAAUAGGAAACCUGAAGCCUGAAGAGAAACCACCUAUACCAGAUUCAGAUUUACCUGUUGGUACUGUGAAAAAUAAAUUCCUGGCAAGUUUGGCUACUUCAAAUGGUCCUGCUAGUAUCGAUGCAGUCAUCACUCCGCAGGUAAAGGAUACUGCUCCCUCUGCAACGAAUCUUGUACAGUUAGAGAAGAAACUACGUUCUUUAAUGGUCAACAAUAAAGUGUACACAGUUGUAAAGAAGGUUGGCAAAGGUGGAAGCAGUACAGUGUAUGAAGUAUUUGACCAGAGUGGAAAUAGAAUGGCAGUUAAGUGCAUUACUUUUGGUGACGCUCACGCAGUUACCAUAGGGAGCUACAAAAAGGAGGUGAUUCUUCUGAAGCAGUUGCAGUACAGUGACCGAAUCAUCAAACUCUAUGAUUAUGAACUUGACUAUCAGAAGAACUGUUUGAAUUUGGUAUUGGAAUGUGGCAACAUUGACCUUGCAAGUUUGUUCCGUAGCCAAUACAAGACAGAAAAAAUACCCCAAAUGAUGGUCAUGUGCUACUGGACCCAGAUGCUGGAAGCUGUUCUGGUACUCCAUAAAGAAGGUAUAGUACAUUUGGAUUUGAAACCUGCAAACUUCCUGAUUGUUGGAGGCCAAUUGAAGCUCAUAGAUUUUGGUAUUGCUGAUGUAAUACAGACUGGUAAAACUGGCAUUAACCAGGAGAUACUGAUGGGGACACCUGAUUACAUGAGUCCAGAAGCAAUUGCUGUCUACCUGGAUAACUCUAGAAACCACAAAAUAGGCUUGAAGAGUGACAUUUGGUCUCUUGGUUGUAUUCUCUAUUUUAUGGUCUACGGUAAAACUCCAUUCCAAGAGAUUAGAAACACAACAGAAAAACUGAUAGCAAUAAGAAGUGAUAAGUUCAAGAUCAAAUUUGCUGAUGUCAGAAAUAAAGAGCUAUUGGAUACAAUGAAGUGCUGUCUGUGCAGAGAUCCCAAAGAAAGACCGUCUAUUGAAGAAAUUCUGCAGCAUCCAUAUUUGAGAGAAGUGACUAUAGCUCCAACAGCAGUGACCCCUCCGAGGAGUGAUGAUUUGAAGCACAAUAAACUUGUUGAUAAUAAAUCAUUGCCAUUGAAUUCUGUAAAGACAUCAUCACAGAUUGUAGAGGACAAAGAAAACAUCGUGGUGGAUAGGAUGAAUUACAAGACCAAAUCCAAGCCAGCUGUUUAUUGUGGUACUUCAAAAGAAAUUCGAACUCCAUUACAGUCUUUGACUGUUGCAGAUGACCAGAAAUAGCAUCACUCAAAAGUUUGCCAUAGAUCUAAUAAUGAUUAUGAUGGUGAUGAUGGUAUGAUGGUGGCGGCGGUGGUGGUAGCACCGCCACCACCAGUGAUGAUGAUAACAGCAGUGAUGAUAACAGUAAUGACAUUUAAUAUCAUCAUCGUUAUCGCUCUGUUUGUAUCGUGUUUGAUAAAGCAAGAGACGAUUAUAGCAAAUGUUCCUUUCUCUGAUUCAACUUUGCACUUGAAUCUGUUUCUAUAUAAAUUAAUACACAUAAACAAACAUGCUUGCAAACAUAUUUACUAAACUUCUAUGAACACGCUAGCAAAUGAGAAGUUUUGUAAAGUGCUUUUGUCAGUCAGAUUAUUUUUAUAUUACUUCAUUAAUGUAAUACAAAAACGGCUGUGCAUCAGCAUGGCCGCAGCUCUGAGCUGAAACUAGAAAAAAAAAAAAAAAGUAAUAAUAUUACUUUUGAUUCUGCAUGUAUGUGCAUUUAAAUAUGCAUUC